UUUACCUUACGAUUCACACCAUCAAUCAAACUAUUCAGUCCAGCAGAAUUUACCAUCCAUAGACCAUCUGAGGGAAAACUCAUGGGCAGGUAGAAGGCAAGUACUUAAUAUGCCUACAGCUCACUUUACUCCUGCUGGUGCUUCCUUGCCACAACUUCCUGUGCUGAACCCUAUGGCAUGGGGUAUGAUGGAUAUGCCAGACCCUUGUAAGGAAAGAAUCCAAUUUAGUGAGACAAAUGGGGAAAAGAUAACAAAAGAAACAUUGAACCCAUCCGAGGAGUGUAGCCAGAGACUAGAGGAGAGGACGAAGGGAAAAGAGCGUGAUCGGUCUUCUGAACUGGACUGUAAACCAGUGCGUCUAUCAAUCGAACAUGAAGACAGUAGUGAAGGCAGUGCUGUGUCUUCUGAAGUUGAAGUGAAAACCAGGGAUUCUGGGAGAAAGGACAGAAGAAGGAAAAGGAGUAAUGGGAUCCAAACGUACUCUACAGCAAAUGGGAAGGGAUCUCAGGGAUCUUCUUCCAUGUCACAUACCCUCCUGUCAACUUCAGAUUGCCAGUCUGAUACCAAGAUGAGCAAAAAACAUAAAAAAACAUCUAGAACAGCUAGCCAGAACACCAGCAAAACAUCCAUAAUCAGAGAGAAUAAUGUUGAUGUAGUGACACAAGAUGAAGAGGAGGAUGAACAAGAAGAAAGCAGGAGCCAAGGAAUACCUCCAAGUAGUGUCGGCUCAGAAAAGAAAGAUGGAAUAGAAAGACUCAACAAAAAUAAUAGUACAGAGGAAGAACAUACUGAUGAAAGAGAUGACUACAGUCCUGACCUCAUUGUUGGAGAAGAAGAAAAAAGUGACAGAGAAGGAGGAGAUAAGGGAGAGGAUAAGGAAAGAACAGGUGAAAAAGAGAAAGCAGGACUGGAUGAUGAAGCGCAGGUGGAUAAUAAAGAAGAUCCCAGUGAUGGAGAAGAUACAGAGGGGGAACAAAUGAAAAGGCAAAAGAAGUCUUCUAAAAAGGCAGAGUCAAAUUCACAGGACAUUACAAAGUUAGAUACAGAAGAGGAAGAAGGAGAGGAAACCGAGGGAGAAGAGGAGACAGAGAACCGCUCACAAGAUGAAGAGGAGGCCAGAAAAACCCAAGAAAGAGCCUUCAAAUGUGUGAGAAAAUAUGAGAAUGAAAGUAAAGAAGAGGAGGGUGACAGAAAAGUUAAUACUUCAGAGAGAAAUAUUCACAAGAGCCUUGAGGAGUUACAUGCAGAUGAUGCGACUGAAGAGGAAGGGGUUUACAAUCAAGAAAUAGAAGAUGAAAAUGAUGAUGAUGGUGAUGAAGAUGAGGUUGUGGUUAAGAAAGCGUACUUCUGGUCAAAAGACCACUUAGAUGAUCAUCAAACACAAUACCAUGAUGAUGAUGAUGAUGAUAUUGAAGGUCUUCUCAACCCACAAGUCAACUCCCAAAAACAGCAGGUGGAUGAAGUGGAGGAGACAGACCAACCAAAUGGAGUACAUGUAACAUAGCCCUACCCCUCUGUGAUCUUAGAAUUUGCCUCUUACAAAUUUCAAAAUUCACACUCUGAUUCAGAAGAUUUACCAAAGAAGAAUGAUUCUGCUGCCACAAAUGAGCCAGAGGGGUCUGACAAUGAGUUUGACCACUUCUAUGAUUAAACCAGAAACACGAACAUGAAGGGGGAACAAAUGGAAAGAAGAGAAACAACAAUGGAUGAAUGCAGUAGACUGAAGCUGCAAUAAUUCUGUGCUUUCAGAAAAUGAGCAAGGUGCACAGCCUAAACAGCAGCCCUGGAGGCCAGAAAGGCAGAGCAAUGAAUAGAGGAAUCCAAUUACAAAGGGAUGAAAGAGAAAGAAAGGGAUAAUAGAUGGCUGGGUGUCCUCAUCUUUUUUUUAUUUUUUUUUUAUUUGCUGGUAGCUUAUCUGACUGUCCUGAAAGAACUACACCAAUGUCACUCUGCAAACACAGGUGGAUCGUCUUGCCUGACUGACAUGAAGAGAGAAUAAAAGACGAGAUGAAUAGUGCAGUGCCGUGGAGGACGUUAAAUGAAUGAGUUGAUCUGAAUAGGGCAGGUUAUUUAUUUUAUUCGCACAUAGCUGAAAUGGUGUCACUUUCAUAAAAUAGAAAGCUGUUUCUUAAAUCUGAAUCAGUGUUUUUAAUGUCUUUUAUGUCCUUAAUCAUAGUGUUUGCCAUGAAUUGUUUGGCAUUAAUUUAAAUGUAGCAGGAGUUUGAAUGCUUUCUCAUUCAGAUAGGGAGCGUGGCCUAAAGGGAAGGGGGUGAGUUGGGGGUUCAGCCAAAGAUGGGAAGCCAAGGAAAGGAGUACAGGGCUGUCACUGCCUCUGAGUGAUGGCUAUUUGAACAGGCAUAUUUACCCGAGCCCUUGUGAAAGGAGAUGGAGGGACACUAACGGAGACGUGCAGGCACAGACAGGCAAUAAAAAGCUGGCCACUGUGUAAACAACAUGGCCUGGUCUGCUCAGCCGCUGCCAUGCCAACAGGGCAGAUUCCACUCACAGGCUUUUUGACCAGUGGAACAAAACCCCCAUCAGAUGUGGCAGGCCGAGCAGAAAAUUUUAAGCAGUCAUUGACAAAAUGUUUAGAAAAUAUUUAUUAUCUUCAACAUUUAGGAAGUGGACAUAAAAUAUGUGUAAUGUAACAUGCUAUACUCCAUCUAAUAUAAUUUUAAACAGCUUUUUGUUUCAUUAUUUUUAAAUUAUGAAGCAUGCAGCUUUUGUGACCACAUAUUGUUUGAUAAAUAUUUAUAUUUGUACUUUUAAAAAUCAAGUCACACUGUAGGACCAUUUAAAAUGAACUAGUGAAGGUAAAAAGGUGAUUAAAAAGGGUGAAAUCUUACAAGACUUUGU